AUGGCCGAAAGAAAAACUUACGUUCUUAUCACUGGAUGCUCGCCUGGAGGUAUCGGCCAUUCUCUUGUUAAUGAGUUUCAUCGUCAGGGCUGCCAUGUCAUUGCGACGGUGCGAAACACAGACAUGAUCAAGGACCUUGAAAAGCCCGGCGUCAGUGUCUUGCCUCUUGAGAUCACCUCCGCCAAGAGCAUUGAAGAGUGCAAAGAAAAGGUCUCCGAACUCACAGGCGGCCGUCUUGACAUUCUCGUCAACAAUGCUGGCCGAACUCACACCAUCCCCUCCAUUGACACAGAUCUCGACGAUGUUCGCCAAACAUACGAGGUCAACGUCUUCGGACCCAUCCAGAUGGUCUCAACAUUUGCGCCUCUCCUCAUCGAAGCCCGUGGUCUCAUCAUCAACAUCUCCAGCACAUCCACGCUCGUCCCUUACAUCUUCGGCGCCAUCUACUCCUCCACCAAGGGCGCCAUCAACGUCUGGUCCCGCGCGCUGCGUCUUGAACUCAAGCCUUUCAACGUGCGCGUCAUGGUCGCCGUCACCGGCACAGUGCGUUCCAACAUCGCCAGCCGGACGCAUCGAUCUCUGCCGCCCAACUCUCUGUACAUGCCCAUCAAUGACUUUUUCCAGAGGCGAUUGACGUUUAGUCAGCGCACGGCGACGAUGCCGACGGAGAGGUAUGCGGAGAAGUUGGUGACUGCUGCGUUGAAGGGUGAGGGAUAUCUGGGCGGGUUGAUUGGGGGUACGCCUGAUUGGUUUUACGCAGGGGGCAUGGCGACCAAGACUUGGAUUCUGUCGUGUUUGCCUAAUUGGGUGAAUGAGACGGUUAUUGGUAUCUUCUUUGGCAUCGGAGGGUUGACCAAGAAGAUCCAAGCUGCGCGCGCAAAGAGAGACUAG